GCUGGCUCAGCCUGGACAGAGGCUUUCGCUGGAGUUUCCUGGGGCCAGUCUGUGUCAUAAUCCUGAUAAAUGUGACGUUCUUUGCCCUGACCCUGUGGAUCCUGAGAAGCAGUCUGUCCUCCCUCAAUGCGGAUGUGUCCACCCUCAGAGGCCACAGACUAAUGAUCUUUAAAACCAUCGUCCAGCUCUUCGUUCUGGGCUGUACAUGGAUCCUUGGUCUUCUCCAAGUCGGCCCAGCAGCCUCGCUCAUGGCGUAUUUAUUCACCAUCAUCAACAGCCUGCAGGGAGCCUUCAUCUUCCUGGUGCACUGUCUCCUCAAUCGCCAGGUGAGAGAGGAGUACAGGAGAUGGAUCAGGGGAUUCCGACCACUCAGCCGGAAAUCUCAGACAGACGAUCUCUCCAUGUCGACUGUCCCCACCACUGGCACCAAGGCGAUGUCUGGAUAGUGGGAGUCCUCCAUCACCAAGUCCCGUGCUUUGGAUAAUUUUGUUAGUGGAUCUUCAGAGUAGAAUCUCAGGGGAAGGAAUCCCCACAAGGGGAUCUUCCCUGGGACACUACAAGGCCUAGUGGUUGAGGAGAGGGAAAGGGAAACCGGCUGAACCAGUCUUACAGAUCAUGCCUGGAGGGCAUGUAGCCUGCUGGUUCAGAGCUCUGCUCUCCCCCCCGCCACUCCCAUCCAAUCCACUUGAGUCUGGAGGGGAAAGACUUGUUCAUCCGAGAUUCUGUACAAUGACAGUGUCUCUCCUGUAAGCACUGGCAUCAUAUUUUACAAAUCCUCCAUUUAGGGUUAACAUGGUUUGUGACCCCACAACAGUCAAAUUAGUGACAACAGGCAAAAUUCCGUUCUAACAACUGAGCAUCCAUCAGGCCUGUAGCACUGACUGAACUGGAUUUACACAAGCACACCCAGGAUCUCUCUCCCAUUCCAGCAUGAAUUGUAUUUACAUGACAACAUUUGAACACCUUACAGGGCUAAACCACUGAGUGAGCAUGACCACACCCAGGAUUUCCUUCCCCUCCAACUGGCUGCAUUUGAAGCAUUGAUUCAGAACCUGCUCACUCAGAAAUAUGGGCCCGUUUUACUGGAUGACUAAUGAAGGGCCGAUUGGUGACCCUGAAGCUGAGGCAAGCACCCCAGAAGAUCCCACCGAAACCAGAACGUGACAGAAAGAGCCCCAAGAUGCUGGUGCAGUGAUAAAUGAAAGCAAUCUGGAGAUAACCCUUUAUUGCCAAGUCACUGAUCCCAGCACAAGGCAGCAAAACUCGCAAGCGUGUCUGAGAAGGAAUUCUAUAACAGAUGGGGUGUCUUGCAUUGGGUUUUGUCAUGCAAAGCCUCAGAGCAUCAGAUCGUGAGCGACAGAAUCCUGCUUCCCUGCUGGCCAUGACAUUGGUCCAAGCUACAGGCAGGAGUGGGAUGUGAGGGGGUGGGUUCGGGGUGUGGGUGCAAAGGCUGCUUUUUACGUUAUAUUCUCAAUAAACAAAUCGCAUUGCCUUUUUCCCUGAAAAGAUCCCGUCUGC